AUGGUCGAUAGCGUCAAAAUUAAGGAAUGGUAUAUUGAUGGUGUGGAUGAUGAUAUUGAUGGUGUGGAUGAUGAUAUUGAUGGUGUGGAUGAUGAUAUUGAUGGUGUGGAUGAUGAUAUUAAUGGUGUGGAUGAUGAUAUUGAUGGUGUGGAUGAUGAUAUUGAUGGUGUGAAUGAUGAUAUUGAUGGUGUGGAUGAUGAUAUUGAUGGUGAUAUUGAUGGUGUGCAUGAUGAUAUUGAUGGUGUGAAUGAUGAUAUUGAUGAUGUGGAUGAUGAUAUUGAUGGUGUGGAUGAUGAUAUUGAUGGUGUGGAUGGUGAUAUUGAUGGUGUGCAUGAUGAUAUUGAUGGUGUGAAUGAUGAUAUUGAUGGUGUGGAUGACGAUAUUGAUGGUGUGGAUGAUGAUAUUGAUGGUGUGAAUGAUGAUAUUGAUGGUGUGGAUGAUGAUAUUGAUGGUGUGGAUGGUGAUAUUGAUGGUGUGGAUGGUGAUAUUGAUGGUGUGGAUGAUGAUAUUGAUGGUGUGCAUGAUGAUAUUGAUGGUGUGGAUGGUGAUAUUGAUCGUGUGGAUGGUGAUAUUGAUGGUGUGGAUGGUGAUAUUGAUCGUGUGGAUGGUGAUAUUGAUGGUGUGGAUGAUGAUAUUGAUGGUGUGGAUGGUGAUAUUGAUGGUGUGGAUGGUGAUAUUGAUCGUGUGGAUGGUGAUAUUGAUGGUGUGGAUGAUGAUAUUGAUGGUGUUAAUGAUGAUAUUGAUGGUAGUGUUGAUGGCCAGUG